UAAUUAAUAGUAUCAUUAAAAUGUAAUUUAUAAUUACUUUGAUUCCCUUGAAUCCCAGUUAUUAACUACGACUAUAUUUGAUAUACAAAAAUCUAAAUCAAAACUUUAAUUACUUUAUAAUGCAAAUAAAGAUCUCAAUAAUAUUAUAUUAGUUUUUCUAAGCUUAAUUUUAUAACAUGAUAAAUUUAUUUUAAAAAAGGAAAAUCUUUUUUUGGAAAAUCUUCCUUAGAAAAAUAUUACUAAUUAUUGAUAGUAAACUUUUGAUGUUGAACAAAAUUUUAAGUAUAUUUUAUUAUGUUAAAUCUAUCACAUCGCACAUUAUAUAUGAUUAAUUUGAUAAAUAUAUCUUAUUCUUUUUAAUUAAAUAAUUUUUUUUAAUUAUUAUUAAUACUUAAUGCCAAAAGAAUACUUCAAUCCUGAAAAAAUUGCAAUUUGAAUAAAUAAAAAAUUCUCGUAAAUAUUAAAUUAAUAGUUUCAUUAAAAUGUAAUUUAUAAUUACUUUGAUUCCCUUAAAUCCCAGUUAAUACUAUAACUAACAAAAAAAAUUACAAAAUUGUAUACCAAUUAAUUUAUUAUUAAUAGACAUUAAAAAUAAUUAAGAUUUUAAUAUUUAUUCAUCAACUUUAUUCAUGUCAUAUAUUUAGCAUUUCAAGUUAAAUUCGAUAUAUAGUAUAUAAUCUAUCACAUCGCACAUUACAUAUGAUUAAUUUGAUAAAUAUAUCUUAUUCUAUUCAAUAAAAAAUUUUUUAAAAAUUAUUAUUAAUACUUAAUGCCUAAAGAAUAUUUCAAUCCUGAAAAAAUUGCAAUUUGAAUAAAUAAAAAAUUCUCGUAAAUAGACUUUUUUCUUGACCGCGUGUCUGUUUUUUGAUAGUUAUUUUCUAAUUAAACUUGUAUUUCCAAUCUUAUGACCGCGUUUUUGUUUUUUGAUAGUAACACAUUAUAUAUUUUAGCGCAACAAAACUAAAAUCAAAAAGAAAAAGAAGUUUUUUGAGAAAAUAGUCAAAGAAUUAAGAAUCAAGAAUUUAAAAUAAAUUUAGAGGAAAGACAUUACAUUGGACGCCAAAGGUUAGUAAAAACAAUAGUAAAAAUAUUAAUUUGUUUUAAUAUUAUUACUAUUCUAAAAAAACAGCAACAUUCUUGAUACAUCUAUCAGAAUUAUUUCAUUUACGUUUGUUAUUACUAACUAUUAAAGGUGCAAUAUGUUAUAAUGAUUUAAAAACUGUAAAUGGAGAAACUUAUCAAACAUUUUCAGAAACAUGUUUAGCUUUAGGCUUAAUUGAAGAUGAUGAUGAAUGGAUUCGUGCAAUGAAUGAAGCCGUAGGAUGGAUGAUGCCACGACAACUACGUAAAUUAUUUGUGAGAAUUUUAUUACAUUGUCAACCAUUACAUCCUGAAGAAAUAUGGAAUAAAUUUAAAGUUUCAAUGUUUGAAGAUUAUGUACGACAUUACGGUAAAAUACAAGGAGAAAAAAAACCUAUAAACAAAUUGGAGCAAUGCUUGUAGCGGAAGGAAAAAAUUUUUCAGAUUUUCCACAAAUGGAACAAAUAAUUGUAAAUAACGAAGACGAUGAUUAUGUUACAAUAGAAUAAGCAAUGGAAAUUGGCACAAGACAAUAUAAUCAAUUAAAUGAACAACAACAAAAAAUUGUUGAUUUAAUAUUAUACAGAAAGGAGAAUAACAAUCAUAAUAAUAAUUGUUUUUUUAUUGAUGAACCAGGUGGCUCAGGUAAAACAUAUGUAUACACAACAAUUUAUUACUUAGCAAAAAUACAAAAGAAACAGGUAUGUACUAUGGCAUUUACAGGAAUUGCUGCAACAUUACUUCCAGGAGGAAGAACAGUACAUAAAACUUUUGGAUUACCAGUACCAUUAUUUGCAGAUUCAACAUCAAUCAUUAAAAUUCAAUCUAAAGAAGCAAAAAAAUUAAAACAAAUAGACAUUUUUAUAUGGGAUGAAGCACCAAUGGCACCACGAUACACUAGAUAUUAUGGAUCGAACAUUACAAGAUAUUAUGGAAAAUAAUUUGCCAUUUGGAGGAAAAAUUGUCAUAUUGGGCGGAGAUUUUAGACAACUACUUCCAAUUAAAGUACGAGGCACUCGAAGUGAAAUUAUAAAUCUUUCAAUUAAAUUUAGUUUAUGCUGGAAAUAUUUUUUAAAAUUAAAUUUAACUCAAAAUAUGCGAGUACUUCAUGAAGAAAUAGAAUUUACAAAAUUUUUAGUAGACUUAGGAGAUGGGAAAUUAAAUGAUAUAAAUGAUAAUAUACAAAUUCCAGAAUGUUGCAUAGCAUCGCCUAAUGCAAAUAUUGUGACAGAUAUAUAUGGCGAAUUAAUUCAAAAAAAGGAAUUUAAUAAAGUAGCUAAAUGUGCAAUACUUUCAGGGAGAAAUAAAGAUGUAGAUGAAAUAAAUAAACAAGUUGUCGAAUUAUUAAAUAUAACGGAAGAACGAAUUUAUACAAGUGUAGAUAUUGCUGAAAACAAUAGAGAUAAUGGUGAUAUCGGCGAAUCAUUACUACCAGAAUAUUUAAAUAGUUUAUCACCACCAUCUCUACCACCACAUGAAUUACGUUUAAGACCAAAUAGCAUUGUAAUGUUAAUACGUAAUUUAAAUAUCAAUGAAGGACUAUGCAAUGGAACUAGAUUAAUGAUUAUAGAGUUAGCAAAUCACUUAUUAAAAUGUAAAAUUUUAACAGGUGAUAAAGCUGGAGAAAUUGUUUUCAUAAAUCGAAUAACAUUAUAUUGCGAAAAUGUAUAUCCUUUUACUUUUAAAAGAAGACAAUUUCCAAUUAAAAUAGCUUUUGCAAUGACGAUUAAUAAAGCACAGGGACAAACGUUUGAUAAAAUAGUGUUGUGAGUGCAUCACACUCACAUACGGCUUAAUGCAAGCGAUAGUAGGUGUCAGAUGACACCUCGCGCGCGGACAUCGCCCGGCCUACAUACCGGGCGUCGCACCGGGAAAUACACCCGGUUGCCUAAGACUCAACACCCAAAAUCAUCUGAUUUUGGGGUAGAAUUCGCAUAGCCAGCAAUUGCUGGCUAAGCACAUACACUGUCUAAAGGCCAGUGACCGCGGAAGUACCUUCCGCGGUCAUACGCCCAAAACCGGUGUAUAAAUACGCCGGUGGACAGACAACGAGCGGGCUUUGCUACACCGUAUACAGCGACGCACGUAUGUCGCUGACUCUGUAAUACUCGUUACGGUUUAUUAUAUAUAAGUGUUAUCAAGUGUAACCCAGACGGUAAAUAUAUAUUGUGAUCAUACAACUGGCUACUAUCUCUCCAAGACCCGACCCGAGGAGCAUCGGCAGACGAUCCCUAUUACCUGUGACCCUUUAUCUAAGAAGGGCCACAACAAUAGGAAUAGAUCUACGUAAAGAUGUAUUCAAUCAUGGACAACUAUAUGUAGCAUUAUCCCGAGUAAGAUCAAGGCAAGCAAUAAAAAUUUAUUUGGGAGAACAACGAAAUAACAGAAAAGUAAAAAAUUA